UCACACUGCGAGUAGCGUCCUAUUUCCAUUGGCGCCCGAAAACUUAAUUUUGUAAUUCGAGGAUCUUUCCUGGAUAAUUAAGCGCUGAGAGUUUACUAAGAAGAGCACACGAUGCAGAAGUCGCGUCCCAGCAAGGGCACGCCCAAGGCAGUUGGCGGACCCCGGCAGAGCGGCCAGUUCCGGGUACCACAGCUAACUGCCCAGCAACAAUUGCGGGCGCAACAACAACAGGAGGAGGAGGACGCCGCCAUGGACGCGCUGGAUGAUGCACUGAUAUUUGACGACGAGGAGGGCGGCACCCGAAUCGGCGACAUAUACAUUCCGCCACCGGUGCCGCCACACUGCUCCAUGGAGAGCACCGGACCGCGCCUGAUCAUCUCGAAAAUAGUGAAUCGGAAUUUCAAGAGCUAUGCCGGCGAAGUGGAACUGGGUCCCUUCCACCAGAGCUUCACCGCCAUCAUUGGACCGAAUGGCAGCGGCAAGAGCAACGUUAUCGACUCUAUGAUGUUUGUAUUUGGCUGCCGCGCCAAUCGCAUCCGUUGCAAGCGUGUCUCGACCUUGAUCCACUCCUCGUCUAGUUUUCCCAAUCUUCGAAGCUGCUCGGUCGCCGUUCACUUUAAGCAGAUCGUUGACAAGGGCGACGGCACUUGCGAGGACGUGCCGAACUCUAGCAUUGUUAUCGAACGCACAGCCAUGUCAGACAACUCUUCCUACUACCAGAUCAACGACAAGCGGGCCCAGCUCAAGGAUGUGGCUAAACUGCUGAAGAAGCACCAUGUGGAUCUGGAACACAAUCGCUUUCUAAUCCUGCAGGGGGAAGUGGAGUCCAUUGCCAUGAUGAAGCCGAAAGGGCAGACUGAAAAUGAAACUGGGAUGUUGGAAUACCUGGAGGAUAUUGUCGGCACCCAGCGCUACAUUCGCCCCUUGCAGCAGAUUAACCAACGGGUAGACCAACUUACGGACGACCGAACAGAGAAACACAACCGCUGCAAGCUGGCCGAGCGCGAGAUGAAAGAUCUGGAACAACCGUUCAAUGAGGCCGUCGACUAUCUGAAGAAGGAGAAUGAGCUUGUGCGCACCAAAUCCUUUCACAUCCAAAAGAUCAUCAGCAUCAAAAAGGGCAAGCUGGAGCAGUACACCCAGGAGCACGAAGCCUGUGUGGAGGAGCUUAAAACCCACGACGAGGGCACAGCUGCCCUGAAACUAGAACGAGCCGAAAAGGAAACUAUUAUCCGAAAGGAAAUUGAAGCGUACGAAGCUUUAGUGAAAAAGCGCGAACAGAUCAAAAAAAGACUUGUGACUGUAGAGAGUGCCUACACUGAGAUUCAAAGCACAAUGGAGAACACAAAUAAGCAGCGCAAGAAGGACAAAGCACAGAUAGAAAAGAACGAGAAGGAGCUAGAGGAUUUGCACAAGCUGCCGGAGAAAAAUCAACGCGAGAUCGAGGACUGCAACAAUAAGUUGGAGAGCCUGGAAAAGAAUAAGGUGACAUUGAGUGAGGAGCUGGAAAAGCAGCAGGCCGAGUUAACUAAAACUACUGCACCGCUGACCGAGAAGCGCCUCAAGCUAAGUGACGAACUGGUGGGACUUAAGGAGAAGGUUAAUACGGCUAAAGGAGAGCUGCAAGUGUUCGAGUCGCAGCUCAAGAUCCUCAAACAGGCGGAGACCACUGAGUCUAGGAAAUAUGAAACACUGAAAAACUCGUACGAGCAGUCGCAGAAAAGUUUAGAAGAGAAAAUAACAAGGGUGGAUGAGCUGAAAGAAGGCAUUCCACGCGUGAAGACCGAAAUAGCCAGCAAGACCGCGGAGGUGGAUAAAAUGGUGAAAGAGGAGCGCAAUUUAUCCAUGCAGUGCAACAAACUAAGAACAGAGAUUAAUGAAAGGUCUAGCGUCAUGCAGGCUCAGCGCUCCAAUAACAAGGUCUUAGACUUCCUUAUGCGUAUGAAGAUGGAGGGAAAGAUCCCCGGUAUUCUCGGGCGCCUGGGAGACUUGGGUGGCAUAGAUGCCAAGUACGACAUCGCUAUUUCGACUGCCUGUGGUCGCUUGGACAACAUUGUUACGGACAACUAUGACACAGCAUCGGCGGCCAUUGGUGCUCUAAAGGAGUACAACGUGGGCAGAGCCACCUUCAUUACCUUGGACAAGAUUGAGCAUCUGCGUCGUGAGGCCAACUCCAGGAUAAAUACGCCAGAAAACGUUCCUAGAUUGUACGAUCUAGUUAGGGUUGAAGAUGACCGCGUAAGAACCGCUUUCUAUUUCGCCCUGCGGAACACACUGGUGGGCGACGAUCUCGAGCAGGGCACCCGCAUCGCCUACGGUAGGGAACGCUACCGAGUUGUGACCUUACGUGGUGAGAUGAUCGAGAUGACGGGCACCAUGUCUGGUGGCGGCAAUCGUCCAAUACGCGGUAAAAUGGGCACUCAAGUGCGCACUAAGACGGCUGAAUCGGCUGAUAGCUCGCAAAUGUCUCAAAAGGCUCUAGAAGAUAUGCAGAUUCAGGCGGAAGAGCUACAGGCCCGCGUCAAUUACUGCCAGGAACAGCAGGGCAGUCUUGAGCGCGAGAUUCAAACCCUGAAGAAUGGCUUGCAACGUGACGAAGCGGAAUACAAGCGGCUGGCGGUGAGCAUUACUUCCCUGGAGCAACAGAUGGCCAGCAACCUGAAGCAAUGCGAGGCGCAGCGCCAGCGAAUGCUCAAGAAAACAACAGACGAAAGCGCCGUUAAGGAACGGGAGGAGCAAAUAGAAGCAGCGAAGCAAGAGCUGGAACAAGCUCAAUUCGCCGAACAGGCUGUCUCCAGCCAAAUCGAAGAAAUCCAAAACCAGUACGAUACCCUUAGAAACGAAAAUGUUAAGCCCAUAGAGGCUAAGAUCAAGAAGGUAAACAGCCAGAUCGAAAAGCUGGCUGCCAAUGUGCGGUCGUUGAAUGUCGCCUUGGCCACAGCAGAUCGAAAUAUCACGAAAAUCACUGGAAAUAAUAACAAUCUCCGCGAGAACAUAAAUGCUGCAGAAGAAAAAUUGAAAUCGUUGAAUGAAGAUCGACAAAAGGCUCACGAAAAGAAAGAGGAGCUGGAAAAGGAAAUCGAGGAAUCGGAAGCGUCUAUUGAGGGCGCCAAAUCGCAAUCCUCCGAUAUUAAGAAAGAAAUAGAUGAAAUCACCAAGCAGGAGAACAAAAGAAACAUCGAGCGCAUUGAAAUAGACACUAAGUUACAAGCGGCAGCGGGAAAAAUGAACAAGGUGAAGACAGACAUUCCCGGUUGGCAAGCUCAACUAGCACCUUUGAAGCUCAACGAGAUUCCUGGAGAGGCUGAACCACAAGCGCCACUCAAAGAACUAACCGAAGAUGAACUGGAGGCAGAGACUUUGGAAGCCUUGCAAUAUAAGCAAACUAUGCUGGAGGAAGACCUGAAAACGAAGAAACCCAAUUUGGGAUGCAUCAAGGAGUUCAACGAAAAGCGCUUAGUCUAUCUCGAUCGCGUCCGUGUGCUAGAGGACAUCACCUCCAAGCGAAAUGAGAUGCGCGACAAGUACGAGGAGGUGCGCAAACGUCGGUACAAGGAGUUCAUGGAUGGCUUUAGCAUCAUAACGAGAAAGCUAAAGGAAAUGUACCAGAUGAUCACCCUGGGUGGCGAUGCAGAGCUGGAGCUGGUUGACUCCAUGGAUCCGUUCACCGAGGGCGUGAAUUUUACGGUGCGACCGCCAAAAAAAAGCUGGAAAUACAUCUCGAAUCUGUCAGGCGGUGAAAAAACUCUUUCGUCACUGGCACUUGUAUUUGCCCUUCAUUAUUACAAGCCCUCUCCGCUGUACUUCAUGGAUGAAAUUGAUGCGGCGCUGGAUUUUAAGAACGUCUCUAUAGUGGGGCACUAUAUUAAGGAACGUACGAAAAACGCGCAGUUCAUAAUUGUUUCACUUCGUGUUAACAUGUUUGAGCUGGCCAACUUCCUGGUGGGCAUAUACAAGGUCAGCGAUUGUACGGACUGCAUCACUAUGCUAAACUAUCCGCCUGCGCUGCCCACUCAGCAGUCAGCGGUGGUCGCUAACAGUCAGUACGUUGGUGGAACCAUUGAGGAGGAUGACAGUAUAGCUGGCGAGGACCAAGGCGAUAGUCGGAUAGAGGAAAGUCAAGCCCGGCCGUCGGAACAAAUAAUCCGCUUGAUAAAUGAGUUGGGAAGGGAUACCACAUUUGCGCCGCCUUUGGAAAGUACGGGAAGGAACACAAUACUCGCGCAAGAUAUAGAACAGGCCGCCACUGAUGUUGCUGCUCAACCGUCAUUUGCCACGGAAAGAAUAACCACGGACGUGUCCCUAGCCAGCCCGCCAUCCUCCCCACCUAUGCUAAAUGUUUAACGCUAAUUUACUAGUAUAUUGUAUAAUGUUUUCUUAUCCCGUAAACGGGCAUGUUGUAAACUGCCUCAUAAUUUAAUUUCUGGUGGAGACUGAUGAAUGGGUCUUAACAAUUUGUAUGUUACAUAAAACA